AUGUGGGGCCCUCUGGCAGCGCAGACAGCAGCGCAGCUGGACCCGGUGCCCACGGCCGCAUCCAACUUGGCCAACUCGGCCCUCUGGAGCCAGAGUGCCGGCUGGGACGGCGGCGCCACGCUGCACCAGUCGCAGCACCUCUCCACGCUUGCGCCCCGACUGUCCGAGCCCGGCCAGGGCAGCUGGUCUGGCCUCCCCCAGAGCCUGCAGCACCCCGUGGCGGUGGCCGGCUUGUUCACCCCCUUUGGCGACGUCCUGGAUGUGAAGCUGUACGCCGCCGAAGUGCGGCUGAGCGGCGGCAGCGCCGUGGUGCGCAUGCGCAGCACCGUGCAGGCCGCCGCCGCCAUCUCCGCGCUCAACGGCGUGGUGCCGGAGGGCGGCUGGCAGCAGCUGACCGUGCGCGCCGCCGAGACGGCCGAGCAGCGCAGCAGCCGCAUCACCGCCAUCAACGGCCGCCAGUCCACGGGCGGCGGCAUGGGGCUGGGGGCCGGCCACCCGCACAGCCCGCUGCAGGCGCUGGGAGCGCCUGGCGGCGCGUCGCUGCCCCCGGCGGGGCCCGGCGCCGCCGCCAGCGCCGCGCUGCGCCGCGUGCACUCCGCCCGCGGCUCUGGCAGCCAGGGCUCGCUCCAGUGCUACACGGGCGGGGUGGUGGGCGAGGGCGGCGGGCUGCCUCCGCAGCGCCACAGCGCCGACUGGGCGCGCGACGGCAGCAUGGACAGCAGCCGGCGCAGCAGCAUGGACGCCAUGCGCUCGGCCUCUGCCGCCUACGGCCGCUGCAGCAGCGAGUCGGGCAGCGGCGGCGACGGCAGCGGCAGCGAGGAGCUGGCCGCCAGCGAGGGCGGCGCCUCGGUGGGGCCCUCGGCAGAGGCGCAGCGCAUGCUGCUGGAGGCGGUGCUGGCGCUGGUGGGGCAGGUGGAGGGCGGCCAGCUGAGCCUGGGCGCGAUGCGGUCUGCGCUGGAAAGCGCACUGGUGGCCGCCAAGCACAGCCCCGCGGGCAGCGACCAGCCCUCGCUGCUGCAGUCGCAGGGCGGCGGCGGUGGCGGCGGCGGGCGCUCGCCCACCGCUGCAGGCAUCCGCGCCUGA